CGCCUCUUCCUGCUCAGUGACUAAGCGACUGCUCUUCGGGGAAAGAUGGAAGCGCCGUCGCUCCUGCCUCCGUUUUGGGCCGGGGGUCCCGUUCCAGGGGAGCUUUACUCGCCGCCCUGCCCAGGAUCUGGGGUGGAGGCCGGAGGCGUCACCAGGACUCUGAGCCCCAUGGUGACAGGCACCUCGGUGCUGGGGGUGAAGUUUGACGGCGGGGUGAUGAUUGCGGCGGACAUGCUGGGCUCCUACGGGUCACUGGCCCGUUUCCGCAACAUCUCCAGGAUCAUGAAGGUGAACGACAGCACCGUGCUGGGGGCAUCAGGUGACUAUGCUGACUUCCAGUACCUCAAGCAAGUCAUUGAGCAAAUGGUGAUCGACGAGGAGCUCUUGGGAGACGGCCACAGCUACAGUCCAAAGGCUAUCCACUCCUGGCUCACCCGUGCCAUGUACAGCCGCCGGUCCAAGAUGAACCCCCUCUGGAACACCGUUGUGAUUGGCGGCUAUGCCAAUGGAGAAGGUUUCUUAGGUUAUGUUGACAUGCUCGGAGUAGCUUAUGAAGCAGCUUCACUUGCAACGGGAUACGGCUCUUAUGUGGCACAGCCGUUAAUGAGGGAAGCCCUGGAAAAGAAGCCCAACCUGUCUAAGCAAGAGGCCAGAGCCCUCAUUGAACGCUGCAUGAAAAUUCUCUACUACAGAGACGCCCGCUCGUUCAACAGGUACGAGCUCACGAUGGUAACGGAGAAAGGCGUGGAAGUGGAAGGGCCCCUCUCCUCGGAGACCAGCUGGGACAUCGCACACCUUGUCAGUGGCUUUGAAUGAAGACAUCGUGGGCCCAGCUCCAUUUCUGUCGAAAGUGCUUGCAGUGCUAUUUGAUGCCUGACCUUUUGGCAGCUCUUCAGUGUGUUGCUUUUUUGUAAACUGAAUAAAUGAGAUUGAGACUCUUGCCUGA